UUGAGCGUCUCAGAUCUGGUUUCCAUGGAGGAGGAGGCGGUCCCAUCGGUUGCGCCGGCGCUGCCCGGAGGGGACGGCGCCGUCAGGGUCGUCGCCAGGAUCUGCCCCCCUUCUUCUGCCGCCACCACGACAGCGCCAGCUCCUGCCGCGGGGACCUCGCUGUUCCAGGUCGCCGCCUCGCGCGGCCGCCGCCCCCGCGCCUCCGGGCCCGGCGCCGGCGCCGUCCUCUCCUUCACCCCCGUCUCCGCCGCCGCAGCUCCAACCCCCUCGUCUUCGUCCCAAGGGAGGGUCGCCGCCGGGCAGCGCAAGGAGGAGCACAGGCUCGACUGGUGCUACCUGCAGGAGGAGACCAACCACCACGUCUUCCUCCACGAGCUGCAGCCCAUCCUCGCCAACCACCUGCACAACCAGGCCCAGACCGCCACCACCGGCAACGCAUGCGUCGUGGCCUGCGGCGCCGCCGCCGCCAAGGACAACCUCUUCAAGGGGUCGCAGGAGCAGCCGGGCCUGGUCACCAUCGCCAUGGAGGAGAUCCUCCGGUUCGCGGCGUCCAUCGGCGGGGCCGUCAGGGUGUCGUCCUACCAGGUGGUGCAGGACACCCACGUCUUGGAUCUGCUGGAGCCCAAGGAGCAGGAGGUCCUGGUGCUGGAGGAUGCCCAGGGCAAGACCCAUCUCAAGGGCCUCUCCAAGGUUGAUGUAAAGUCCAUUGAGGAUUUCGCGCAGCUGGGUUGUUUCGAUGAAAACCAGGACAAGCAGCAGCCCACUAAAGCUUCUUCUACCCAGCAGCAACCCACUAAACCCUUUUCUACCCAGUCGCAACCCGCUAAAGCUUCUUCAGCCCAGCUAUCAACCAGAGGGCACCAAGGCCUCAUCAUUCACAUAUCUAACUCUGACCAGGAUGGCAAAGAGCGUGCUGUGGCCAAGAUCAACUUUCUCAGCCUGACAGACUAUGUGGACCCCAAGCAGAAGACCGGCGGUGGAGUGGCCGCUCUGUCGAGCGGCAACAAGUCCAUGUACACCUUGAUGAAUGUCGUGCAGGCGCUGAACAGCAACCAGAGCUUUGUGCCCUACAGGCAGAGCAAAGUUACUCGCAUUCUGCAGGACUCUCUGUGCAAGAUGAGCGGGGCCGUGGUGAUCGCCUGCUUGGAAGAAGUUUCCUGCCAAGAUGCGGUUUCUACUCUCAGCCUGGCCGCUCGCUCGAGUCAAGUGGCCACUCAAGUGGCUAAUGAACAAUGCCGCAGAUCUGCGAGUGUUACAAGUUUCAAAAGGGCAGAUGUCAACUUGUCUGCGGUAGCUAAAAGCUCCUCAAGGCCGAUUCUUUCUUCUACACACCAACCGAAUCCCGUGGUAGAGAAGCAGGAUCGGCCCCAGUGGAAUAUGAGCGCAGUAAAAGCAGCUCGAACUCCCGUUGCCAAUAAGAGGUCUCAACCAACCAUGCAUCCAGCAAAAAAAUCGGAAAACUCGCUCCCAACUCCUAUCAAAAUUACCCAAAAGGCUGCUACACCCACAAUGAGUGGAAGGCCUCAACCGAUCAUGCAUUCAGCAAAAAACCUUGAAAGCUCGCUGUCUACUCCUAUCAAAAUGCCUCCAAAGGAUGCUAAACCUACUACAACGAGUGGAAGGUCUCAACCUGAAAGCGCGGUCUCUCCUCCAACCAAGAUGAAGCAAAAGGAUGCCAAACCCGCAAUGAGUGGAAGGUCUCAAGUAAUGAUGCGCUCAGCAAAGAAAACUGAAAGCUCGCUUUCUGCUUCUAUCAAAACGAAGCAAAGGGAUGCUAAACCUACUACAACGAGUGGAAGUGCCUUGUUAUGCCCAAGCACCAAUUCAGCAAAGGAAGAAGCAGCAGUCAUUGCGCCAGCAACAGUAGCAGAAGUCGAGGAGAUACAAUCGUCACAAGGCAUGGAAAUAGGCAUGGAAAUCGAUGCUCCAUCAGUAGAUGAGGGAAUUGACAAAACAAACGACGCUUUAGAUACUGUGCCAUCUGAAGUACAGAAGGUGGUCUCAAGUGGUAUGGCAAUCGAUGCCCCAUCUACAGAUGAGGUAUUUGAUAAAACAAGCGAUGCUCUAGAUACCGUAUCAUCUGAAAUGCAGAAGGUGGUCUCAAGUGGUAUGGAGGAAGAGGACCAUUCAUCGUCAACUCUGGAUGCAGCGAGUUCGUGUACCAUUGACUGGGGCGAAACCUGCUCUUCAAACCUUCCUGAUGCCUUUGUCGAGAAGACUCCAGUCAAAACUCAUAUGAACACUCCAAAGAUCAGCGACAAGCUGAGAGAGAUAUCAAACUCACUGAAGCUUCUUAAUGCUCGUCCAUUGAGCGUAAUGGCACAAAAGGUAGCCAUGGAGAAGACACAAGAAGAGGGCAUGGAGAAGACACAAAAGGUGGCCAUGGAGAAGACACAAGUGGUGGCCAUGGAGACGACAGAAGAAGUGGCCAUGGAAACGACACAAGAAGAGGGCAUGGAGACGACACAAGAAGUUGCUGCUGUUGAAACGACACAAGAAGAGGGCAUGGAGACGACACAAGAAGUGGGCAUGGAGACGACACAAGAAGUUGCCACUGGAGCGACACAAGAAGUUGCUGUUGAAACAGCACAAGAAGUUGCUGUUGAAGCAGGACAAGAAGUGGCCAUUGAAAUGACACGAGAAGUUGCCACUGGAACGACACAAGAAGUGGCCGUUGAAACAACACAAGAAGUGGCUGCUGAGAUGGCACAAGAAGUGGCUGCUGAGACGGCACAAGAAGUGGCUGCUGAAACAGCACACGAAAUGGCCGCUGAAACAGCAGAGGAAGUGGCUGUUGAGACGGCACAGGAAGUGGCUGUUAAAACAACACAAGAAGUGGGCAUUGAAUCUGUCCAGUGUGGGACCAGCAUAGAUGCACCUGAACCAAAGACUCCUGCGAUGCACCUCAAGGUUGAGCAAGCAGCAGAUCCAAAGACUCCUGCGAUACACCUCAAGUUUGAGCAAGCAGCAGAUUAUCCGACUAGUUCUUUCAAGACUCGUAGCACCGGGAUAAAGAAAUCCAUAGUCCAGGAGUGCUUGAGUUUUCUCAACAGCGCUAACAAGGAGCAAUUGAAGAGCUUGAAGGGCAUCGGAGAGAAGAGAGCGAAUUACAUCAUCGAGCUUCGUGAGAAUUCACCGGAGCUGUUUAAAGGGAUAGAUGAUCUGAGGGAUGUUAUUGGAAUGAAUAAGACGGAGAUAAAAAAGAUGAUGGCGGGGAUCAUCAACAGCCCCUAAUCCCCUUGCUGAUGAUCAAUGGAGUGGAGCUAAUUUCUUUGUGCACAGUGAGGGAUUUAUUGAGAGCAGUAGUGCAACGGUUGGUUGUUGGUUGUUGAGAAAGACAGACAAAAGACAAGACAAGACAAGAGAAGAGUAGUAGUGCAUUGUAACUUGUGUGUUUUUGGUCUCUGAAUCAUCUGCAUCUGCAUUUUGCGGAGAGGUUCAUGAAUGAAUGAAUGCAGUAAGUAGGCAACACAAGAGACAAGGCUACUAGUAUAUUUCUUGCGAGUGUUGGUGGCAAGUGCUUACAUUUCAA